GCCUUCGGGUGGAAGGGAGAGGGAGAGAAGGAAAAAGGGGGAUCGUUCUCCCAGUCAUAUAACGCCACAUCUCUCCUUCCUCCUCUUCACUGGCGGCAUAAGCGACGCGUUAGCGUGCUCCUCUCCCAAUUCAAAGGCGCUUUUAAUGCUUUGCUAUGCGGAGCCAAGAGCUAUGAAAAUGCUUCGAUUCCGGAGUCCGAGCGUCUCCUCCCUCGCGCAGGAGGUCCAGUGCACGGUUCGGCUGCUCGACGACUCCGAAAUCUCGUGCAGCAUCCAGAGAGACACUAAAGGGCAGUUUCUCUUGGACCACGUGUGCAAUCACUACAGCCUGCUGGAGAAAGAUUACUUUGGCAUCAGAUAUGUGGACCCAGAGAAACAAAGGCAUUGGUUGGACCCGAGCAAACCAGUCGUGAAACAGAUGAAAUGUCAGCAGCCGUAUACUAUGUGCUUCAGGAUGAAGUUCUACCCUCAGGAGCCAAUCAAAAUCAAGGAAGAGCUGACAAGGUAUCUUCUGUACCUGCAGCUGAAGAGAGACCUGUACCAUGGUAGGCUGUUAUGUCCGUUCGUUGAUGCUGCAUAUCUUGGAGCUUGUAUAGUACAGGCUGAGCUUGGGGACUACGAUCCUGAGGAACAUCCAGCAGACUACAUAAGUGACUUCAAGCUCUUCCCCAAACAGUCCCUUAAACUAGAGAGCAAGAUCAUGGAGAUCCACCGGAAUGAGCUGAGGGGUCAGUGUCCUGCUCUUGCCGAGUUAAGUCUUCUUCAGAGGGCUCACACACUAGACACAUAUGGAGUCGACCCACAUCCCUGCAAGGAUUUCACAGGAUCCACAGCUUUCCUGGGAUUCACUGCAAGAGGGUUUGUGGUUUUCCAGGGAAAUAAGCGGAUCCACCUUUUAAAAUGGGCAGAUGUAAGCAAGUUUAAGUUUGAAGGGAAAACGUUUUAUGUGAUUGGAGUGCAAAGAGAGAAGAAACUGGUUCUGACGUUCCACACAUGCACACCAGCAUCCUGCAAGCACCUGUGGAAAUGUGCUGUGGAAAACCAGGCUUUUUACAAAUGUGCAAAGUCCAGUCAGAUCAAGACUGUGUCCAGCAGCAAUAUAAUUUUCAAGGGAAGCAGAUUUCGCUACAGUGGUCGUGUGGCUAAAGAAGUCAUUGAAGCCAGUUCAAAGAUUCAGAGAGAUCCUCCUGUUGUACACAGGUCUCAGUUUGGUCAAUGCAAAAGCUUUACUUCACUCAGUCAUAAACAGCUGAUAAUGAACAUGGAGCCUCUCCUACCAGCAUUGAGCUCCUGCAGGGAGAACAGAGACUCCUCCGCAAACAACGGACUGUCGGCUUUGAAAGACUCGGUUCAUCUGUCUCCACUGAAACCAUCGGUCACUUCUGAGGAGGUGGAGGUGAGGGAAAACCACGUUCAUGAAAGAUGUGAAGAAGGGGGAGUCAAAAGGAUAAGAGCGGAUGAGGAGAGGAGAGAGAUACACGUAGACCACGAAGAUGAAGCAUGUGCUGCUCUCACCAUAUCUGACACAGCGUACAGCCCGUGUGCCAGCGUGGUGCCCACACCGGUGGAGGAGAGCCAGGGCGGCGUAGACCUGCUGUUCCAGAGUCCCGCGCGGCUACUGAAGGAGCUGCAUGCUGACCCAGAGAUGCAGCUGGAGCUCCAGGCCGAGAGGGAGCGGGAACUGGCCAGAGAAGCGUUUCGUCAGUCGCUGUGCCUCCCGUCGAGUGGACGGCAGCAGAUGCAGGCCUGCCUUCUCAGUGCCGCCCGUCUAGUGGUGAUGGCCACGGGUCUCCUCGUGAUUCUGCUUCCUCUCCUUCUCGUGUUGCUGGAGUCGGACCUGGACAUCUCGUUCCUGCAUGACAUCCGGCAGACGCCUGAGUUUGAGGAGUUCCACUACGAAUACUAUUGCCCCCUGCGCCGCUGGUUCCUCUGCAAACUGGAACUCAUGACGGAGAAGCUCUGGGGCGACUGAGGGUCACAAGGAACGGGGACGGGAAUAUAAUGGACAGGACAGGACAGGUUUGCUCUCCUACAUCACAGGAUUUAUUCAUUCACACGCCGAUGCAUUCUUGUAGCAGUACUGAAGGCAGUUUUAAAGCAGUAGAGCUGUAGUUGUCUAGUGUUUUAGCCAUAGGGUUAGACAGCGGACAGCAGCAAGGGCCUUUAAAUGGUUAAGUCAGCUUCAUUAAAGGUGUACGACAAGCACAGAGCUGAUUUAAUUGCAUUGGAGCAUUAUACAUUUCAACAUUGAUGAUGGAUAUGUAUGCCUAUUCAAUAUUUUCAUUCAUUUCACUUGCCUGUUGUCAUAAACGUGUGUCAGUCAGGGUCUAAAAUGAACUUUUUGCCCUAUAUUUCAAUCGUGAGUGAAUUUCCUAAUUUAUUUUUAUAAGUUAUUUUGCAGGUUUUUCUUUGUUUUGGUUUUCCUACGACUAUUAAUAAACCCCCUUUCUGUCUAAUAUAUGAAAUAUAUUCUAAUAUUUUAUUAGCAAGGAUGCAUUUAUUUGAUCAGAAGUAACAGUAAAGACGUUUAUAACAUUACAGAAAGUUUUCUGUUUCAUAUAAACACUG